GCGGGGUCCUGCGGCUCGUGCACUGCUGUAGUCCUUAAGCAGUGACGCGACACAUGAAACUCUCUUCACAUUUACAACAAUAACAGGCUCCAGAGAAAGUCUUCCUCUAAAGAGACACUAAUGACUUGAAUUGUUCCAGGAAGAUAAAGAUGGCGUCUUUAUUGAUUAAUUCUCUGAGAAGUGGUCCGGUGACGUCUUCACGGGCCGUCCAGUUCGCUUCACGGUCUCUCAUCUCAUCUGCCCAUCUGCAAGCUCAAGAUAUGCUAAUCUGAUGCCGCACGAUCUGGCCAGAGCUGCAUUACAGGGUUUGCUGGUCAAAACUGGAAUCUGGAAAGACGCUGUUGAUUAUAUCGUCUAUACGUACGGUCAUUCAGGAAGUGAAGAAUAGUAAUGUGGCCAGAGAAUGCUGGAUUCUCUGAUAAGAUUCUUGCUCACACGGUGACCAUGGCUUGUAUUUCCUCCAACCAAGCAAUGACUACAGCUGUUUGUUUGAUUGCCUCGGGUCAGUGUGAUGCUGUGGUCGCCGGUGGCGUUGAGUUUAUGUCCGACGUUCCGAUUCGCCACAGCCGCAAGAAGAGGAAGUCUAUGCUGUCACUUAACAAGGUGAAGACACUCGGCGCUCGACUCUCUCUCCUGGGCUCCAUCCGCCUCGCUCAUCUCGCACCUGAGCUGCCAGCUGUAGCUGAAUUCUCCACCGCGGAGACGAUGGGUCACUUUGCAGACCGUUUGGCCGCUGCCUUUGGGAAAGAUAUUGUGUCCAAAGAUAGCGGGAUCCGUCCUUCCUCCAUGGAACAGAUGGGCAGACUGAAACCCGCCUUCAUCAAACCUCACGGCACUGUGACGGCCGCAAACUCUUCCUUCCUGACUGAUGGUGCAUCUGCAGUCUUGAUCAUGUCAGAAGAGAAAGCUCUUGCUUUGGGUUACAAGCCCAAAGCGUAUCUUAGAGAUUUUGUGUAUGUGUCUCAAGACCCAAAAGACCAGUUGCUUCUCGGACCAACUUACGGCACACCAAAGGUCUUGGAGAAGAGCGAAGAGAAGAGUCUAAUCAUGAACGACAUCAAUGUAUUUGAAUUCCAUGAAGCUUUUGCUGGUAAGAUCAUGGCAAACCUGAAGGCAAUGGACUCAGACUGGUUCGCUCAAACAUACAUGGGCAAAAAAGCUAAGGUUGGUGCCCCUCCGAUGGAGAAGUUUAACACAUGGGGUGGUUCUCUGUCCAUUGGGCAUCCAUUUGGUGCCACAGGCUGUAGACUGGUGACCACCGUAGCCCACUGACUGCAGAUGGAAGGGGGCAGUACGGCCUGGUGGCAGCCUGUGCUGCUGGAGGACAGGGUCAUGCUAUGGUGAUUGAAGCUUAUCCUCAGUAAUAUCUCUAUAGCUACAAGUAUGGUAUUCAAUAAUGCACGCACAAAAAAAAUUUGGUCACAUGAUAUUUUUGUAUUCAGAAUGUAGCACUUAAAACAGGCCAGUUGGAAGUCACCAAGCGUUCAAUAACUCCAAACUUACCUGUAAAUUAUCUCUCAAGUGAUAUGGUCAUGAUGUGGCUUAUUUAACCAAUACUGAUAUGAGCAGCCAUGGUCUGUUUAUGGUGUUUAGCUCUUGAGGAUUGUAUUGUAAGAAAGUCUAAAUCAGCUGUAAAGACGAAGGUUACGCACUUAAACACACGAGUGCCUCAAGAUUCAAGAAGGUGAAGCUGUGGGUAGUCUGUUGACUCUUUUCCACCUUUUGCUAACAAUUUCUACAAAUAAACAUCUUUUAAAAAUGGUCAGAUAUAUUAACUUUUUUCUAUAUUCUUUACAUGGCUAUUGAUUGUCACAUUCAUAACUUUUAUUUAUAAGUCAUUAACAGACAGUAGUGCUAAACAGAUCAGCACUUCAUGUACGUUCAAAUAUGUAAUAUAUAUGUAUAUAUACAGCUCUGGAUAUAAUUAAGAGACCACUGAAAGAUUAGCAGUUCCUCUGGAUGUAUUAUUUAUAGGAUUUUGUUUUAUUCUAUAAAGCACUGACAAUAUUUCUCCAAAUUCCCAAUAAAAAUGAUUGACAUUUACAGCAUUUAUUUGCAGACAACUGGUCAAAAUAACAACAAAGAUGCCGUGUUAUGCAAGACCACAGACCUCGAAUUAUGCAAAGAAAACAAGUUCAUAGCUUCAUUUUUAAACAACACAACACUAAUGUUUUAACUUAGGAUAAGUUCAGAAAUCAAUAUUUGGUGGAAUAACCCUGAUUUUCAAUCACAGCUGUCAUGCAUCUUAACGUGCUUUCUACCAGUCUUUCACAUUACUGUUGGGUGACCUUAUGC